AUGGGUCUGAAGUACGCAGCUUUGUUAGCUUGUAUCGCUACCACUAGUGCCUGGAAGGCACAAAUGACCGUAAGAUAUCUGGAAAACAACGUCUGGCUUAACGAAGAUAGAUGUGGAAAUCUCCAAAACGCCUGGAAGGCUCUUGAACGAAAUGAUACAUAUGUACUGCUGUUUCGUUCAAAGGAUUACGAACCAAAUAUCACUUGUGUGAAAGUAAAAUCAACUGUAUAUAACGAAACGCUAAAAAUUGCCAAUUACACGAGAACAUAUAUCAACAUGACUUCAGGCAAUCAGACGACUUUAGAAUACCAAGUCAGAGCAUUAAAGCAAUUCGACUACGGCAAAGAAAAUGUAAUACGUGCAGGCUUGAAGGGAAGCGCUCCAAGUGCGACCCCUAGACCUUUGGGGAGUAACAUGUACAUACAGUAUGGCGACUACUCCUGUAACACAUCAAGCAAACCCAUCUGGCAAAUGUUGAGUGACGGAACUUCUGAGGAUAAAGAUAAACCGAAAACCACCACACCAGUGGAAGGACAAGAUUAUCUUGACUUCUACGAGGUGUACAACCAACCAAUUUGCAACAUUCUCAGGUCUCCCCAUCUUCAAGGAGGAUGCGACCUCUGGCUAAACCAAUCAGUGUUGGCAGAUGUUCUGCAAAGCGCCGACAAUUUAACACAGUAUAUUGAUGCAACAGCACCGAAAGAAAGAAAUGCUGAAGGACGUAAUGGCAAUGAAAGUAAAGGCAAUAAGGAGAUUAACAACGAUGAGGAAAAAAGAAAUAAGGCAAAAAAGUUUGCAGCAGCAGUAUUUAAAAGCCUCCCCAGAGCCUGCCGCUUAGCCUUCAUAGCAGCAUGUGGAGAUCCACAGUUUAUGAUGUACGAUAAGGACGCAUGUAAAGCACAAAUUGAGGAGCCUACACCGAGUCAAUAA